CCAUCUUGGCAAGAGACGAAGCGGCCGGUGCUCCUGUCAGGGGGGGCAGCAGGUCCGGAGCGGCCGGUGCUCGCCUUCCCCCAACCCCAGCCCUAGCUCUGCAGUGGCGCCGGAGCUCGGGUGCGCCCCACCACCGCCGUCGCCAUGGUGCUGUUGGCAGCAGCAGUCUGCACAAAAGCAGGAAAGGCUAUUGUUUCUCGACAGUUUGUAGAGAUGACCCGAACUCGGAUUGAGGGCUUGUUAGCAGCUUUUCCAAAGCUCAUGAACACUGGAAAACAACACACAUUUGUUGAAACAGAGAGUGUCAGAUAUGUUUACCAGCCUAUGGAGAAACUGUACAUGGUACUGAUCACUACCAAAAACAGCAACAUCUUAGAAGAUCUGGAGACCCUAAGGCUCUUCUCAAGAGUGAUUCCUGAAUAUUGCCGAGCCUUAGAAGAGAAUGAAAUAUCUGAGCACUGUUUUGAUUUGAUUUUUGCAUUUGAUGAAAUUGUUGCCCUGGGAUACCGGGAGAAUGUUAACCUGGCACAGAUCAGAACCUUCACAGAAAUGGAUUCUCAUGAGGAGAAGGUGUUCAGAGCAGUCAGAGAGACUCAAGAACGUGAAGCCAAGGCUGAGAUGCGGCGUAAAGCAAAAGAAUUACAACAGGCCCGAAGAGAUGCAGAGAGACAGGGCAAAAAAGCACCAGGAUUUGGGGGAUUUGGAAGCUCCACAGUGUCUGGAGGUAGCACAGCUGCUAUGAUCACGGAGACCAUCAUUGAAACUGAUAAACCAAAAGUGGCACCUGCACCAGCCAGGCCUUCAGGCCCUAGCAAGGCUUUGAAACUGGGAGCCAAAGGAAAGGAAGUAGAUAACUUUGUUGACAAAUUGAAAUCUGAAGGUGAAACUAUCAUGUCCUCCAGUAUGGGCAAGCGUACCUCUGAAGCAACCAAAGUGCAUGCUCCACCCGUUAAUAUGGAGAGUGUGCACAUGAAGAUUGAGGAAAAGAUCACACUAACCUGUGGACGAGAUGGAGGAUUACAGAAUAUGGAGUUGCAUGGCAUGAUCAUGCUUAGGAUCUCAGAUGAUAAAUUUGGCCGAAUUCGUCUUCAUGUGGAAAAUGAAGACAAGAAAGGGGUUCAGCUACAGACCCAUCCAAAUGUGGAUAAAAAACUUUUCACUGCAGAAUCUCUAAUUGGCUUGAAGAAUCCAGAGAAGUCAUUUCCAGUCAGUAGUGACGUUGGGGUGCUAAAGUGGAGAUUACAAACCACAGAGGAAUCUUUUAUUCCACUGACAAUUAAUUGCUGGCCCUCAGAAAGUGGAAAUGGUUGUGAUGUCAACAUAGAAUAUGAGCUACAAGAAGAUAAUUUAGAACUGAAUGAUGUGGUUAUCACCAUCCCACUCCCAUCUGGUGUCGGCGCACCGGUGAUUGGUGACAUUGAUGGCGAAUAUCGACAUGACAGUAGACGAAAUACCUUGGAGUGGUGCCUGCCAGUGAUUGAUGCCAAAAAUAAGAGUGGCAGCCUUGAGUUCAGCAUUGCUGGGCAGCCCAAUGAUUUCUUCCCUGUUCAAGUCUCCUUCAUCUCCAAAAAAAAUUACUGUAACAUACAGGUUACCAAAGUGACCCAGGUAGAUGGAAACAGCCCUGUAAGGUUUUCCACAGAGACCACUUUCCUAGUGGAUAAGUAUGAAAUUCUGUAAUACCAAGAAGAGGGAACCGAAAAGGAAAAUUUUCAAAUUAAUAAAGAAGAAGCCAACAGUGGCUGAAGAAUUUUUUCCAAA